GCAGCUUUUGUGUACCUUGCCAUCACCAUGAACCUCUUUGGUGAAUCCCUGUACCAGAAACGGGGUGGCAAAGGGCAGGUGAAGGACUGGGCUGUGGUCGAGAGUGGCAAGUUGAAACUGCUUGCGCAACAUGUGGUCAAUUUGACCUAUCGCACACUGAAUGCCAGGUCUCCAAAGGUUCAGGUGCUCAAGCAAGUGGUUGCCUUGCACCGUGGAUUGGUAGCUCCUGGGCUGGAAGGGGCCCCUGAUGCUGAUGUGGCACCAAGUGGCCUGGUGUCUUCCAACUCGACGGAUUCUUUGGGACUUGAAGAUGUUGAGAAUGAGGAUCCAUUUGAGAAAACACCUUACAAGACGCCCCAGCCUCCACCCUUUGGGCCUGAUUCCGAUGAUGAGGCUGAUGAAAAGGCAAAAACAUCCCCUGAUGAGCAGCUUGAUGGUGUCAGAACUGGUGCCCAGAAAAUGCCUGAUGCCGAGGCAUUGGACGCUAAGCUGGUGGGGGUCAAAGAAGAGUUCCACAAGCUUCUUGGGGAGUGGUGCCAGAAAGAGCUGGGACGUUCUGUGACUGAUGUGGAGCAGUUGGUUUUGAACAACCCGGUGCAUAUGUUUUGCAACUUCCAUGCCUACUACUUGGCAAAUCGAAAGGCGGAGGCUGAGCUGGAGAUGGAGAAACAAAGGAAAUUGUCUGAGAAAAAAGAUGCCAAAGAACAGAAGUUGAGAGCCCAAGAAGAAAAAAAGAAACAAAAAGCAGCAGACAAACAAGCCAAAGAGGAAGCAAAACGUAUUGAGAAGGAAGAAAAAAAGGCAGCAAAGGCAGCGGAAAAAGCAGCAGCCAAAGCAGCUGCAACGAACAAGAAAAAAACAGUUUCUGUAGAAGACAAGAAGAUGGAAAAUCAGGGUGGGGGUGCUUCUGCUGAUGCCAUGCCUAGCCCAGAUUCCCCUGCCCCAGGCACACCGAAACGAGGUGCCCGUCUCAUUGCUGCCACCCCGCGACAGAAGGAAAUGGUCAAAAGGCGAAGGCUCAGGGUUGCUGCUGCAGACCAAGGGAUUGCGGCUGGCAGCAAGGAGAGUAGCAAGGAAGAGGGGGAGGGUGUGGAUGCAAAGAAAAAUGCACUGCAGCAAAAGGUGGCAGAAGCAUACCAGCAGUUGAAAGCAGUACAUGAAAUUGCUGCAGACAUCGACUACUUUCCUGCCCUGGAAGAUGGAACACCUUCUUUCAAGAGUUUCACAGUACGUCCCUAUGGGGGUGGGGAAGGCACAAGCAUUGGGUGCAUGCUUUACCGCUGCUCGUUCUAUGUUUACAAGGCAAAGUUCCCUGAGGGCUUGCAUGAAAUCUUGCAGAGCAAGGGGGUGACCACAAAAGUAGUUGCUGAUUCGCAGAAGGGUUGCAGCUUGGGGUGGACACGGUUCAAAAGCAUCAAGCAAGCGUGGGGCAUCGCAAAGAUUGUGGCUGGCUGGGUGCCCGAGGCCAAAAUGGCUGACUAUGUUUUGGAUGAGUGUGCUGUGGAGCGUGGCAACAGCAAGGACAAGGCUCCAGCCUAUGUAACAGGAGCUGUCCUGUGUGGAAGUGUUUGCCGGAAGAUCUACGCUGGUGGGAGGUUUUCGAAAGCGAGGCAAGCCUUCGAAUUGUCCAAGGAUGCUGUUUUUGGUGAUCUGACUUCAGACCUGGGAUUUGUGAAUGCACUGGAGCUCACAUUGAGGAGUGGUGGCAGAGACUUGACGGCCUCUGGAUCCUAUCCCUAUGAAUUUGGUCAUCGAGUGGCGCGGCUUCACACCACUUUCAUGGAAUCGAAGCCUGGGUAUGGUGUUACCAGUGACCUGGAUGCCCUUUUCAAAUCUGGCUAUCAGGACCCUGGCCUGGCAUGGCAGUUUGCGGAUCUGGUUUCUCUCAAGGAGAUGCUGGUUGCAGCAGCCCAGGCAGGAAAGUAUGAACCUGACCCUUUGCUACCUUUCGACUUAUGGAUCAGCUUGCCCAUGAAGUUCCAGACCAAUGCAUUGGUAGGAAAGAUUGUGAAUUGGUCCCUAUGCACGAUCGUGCCUCCGGCUUCGAAGGCUCCUGCGCUGAAGGGUGAGCAUACCCCAGGGCAAACCCCCAUCAAGAGCCCUGAGAUGAAGAAGGUGAAGAUUUCGGAUCCUACUCCACCAGAGCAUGUCCCUGAGGCCUCUGGUAUGGAUUCUUUGCCUACUCAAGAUUUUACAGCCAUGACCCCAUUGGCUACACCCAGAAACCUUUCGCCUGACUUUGAUGAUGCUGCCACACAUGGCAAAGGUCCAGAGGCAAGUGAUGCGAUUGAAGAGUCUGUGGUUUGGUUGAAGUCCAUGGUGAAGUCACAACACACUAUAACGGACUUUCCGGAUUUGGUGAAGGAGUUGCUGGUUGACUUUGAGAACUUCAGCAGCACCACAUCUCACCUAGACAAGUACCGGGAACACCGUGCAAAGUUGAUGGCUACUGCCAGGGCAACUGUGGAGCAUCGGAUGAAGGAAGCCUCGGGCUUGGGAGAUGAGAUGUUCAAGAAACGGAAGGUGGCCCUUGAAACAUGGCUGUGUGGGAAGGAGGCAGAAGUCAAAGAGCGGGAAGAUGAUCUCGAGCUGCAUCAAUCAAGUCUCCGAUGCAUCUUUGAUAACAAGAUCCAGGAAGUGAUUCUCUUGACAUUCAGAGACUGGCAAGAAGGAAAAGCAAAACCAAUGGCCAUCGAAUUCAACAAUGAUGACUUCCUCAAAGAGCUGGAUGCCGAGCUUGAAGCUGGCUUGAACUUGAACUCUGAGCAACACCAGGAUCCAAAAGCAGGAGGUGAGAAGCCUAAGGUCCCCUUGGAGAAAGUAGAACCUGCUGACAAGAGAUUGGUUGAGCAAGGCACCAUGGGGGAGAAGCCCAAGAGUCCCACCUUGACCGAGAAACCUGAUCAGAAACCUGAGGAGACACUGCCUGAGCAAACCACUUCGCCCAAAAAACCUGUAGGGGAGGAGGGAAGCAAAACAGGUGGUGGCAACACUGUGGAAUCCCACCAGCGCCGUGUCAUCAUCCCCAAAGGUUCUGAUGUCAAACAAGUCCACACGAAGGUGAACAUAUUUGACCGAGAAGUGUGCAGGGCCAUCAAAUGGUCUCCAGAGAGUGGAGGGAAUGCUGGUGGUAGCCCUACACAACCAGCUGUGCCUGCCACUGCUGCUGCCACUGAUGAAAAUGCCGCACCUGCCACUCCCUCAGCUGCACCUACCAUACCUGCUCCAGGUUUACGCCGGGCAAAUGCUAUGACCCGAGAGUUCAGGCGCUUGGACACUUCGGACCUAGAGAAUGAGGACCUGGAGAAGCUCAAGGUGAUUGUGGAUGGGGUGGUGAUGUAUAAGAAACCAAAGGGGGGGCUUGAGACAUGGGAUGAGCGAGAAAAGCGAUUGGGCCACAACUCCUACAUGAAAUUUUCCCGCAGCUUCGAUGGGGGUGAUUGGACCAAGAGCAGCAUCUACUUUAACAGCUUGGAGAAGAGUAAGUUCAACCGAAGGGGCAAGUAUGUGUACAUGACAUACAAGGAUGUUGAGGAAAAGUAUGGCUCGGCCGUUGCCAAAAACAUCAAGAAGAACAAGCUUGAGUUGGAGCAGAAGAGAGCUGAGCAUGAAGAAGCAUGGUACUGCAAGCAUCCUGAGGUUGAUGAUGAGGCCUGGGACCUGCUGAAGAUGUGGGAUUCCUUGGAGCUAGAGGAGAGCUAUGAGAAUGAGCAGGAAUGGGGGUUGAGACACCAAGGCCAUGUCACAGAGGAACACUCCAAGGCCUUGCUGCAAGCGGCCCACUCUGCACCGUCCCAUGGCUCCUUCUUGAAGGGUGUGAAGGGCAAUGCUGGAGCUCCAGAUGCAACAGCUCCUAAGGCCAAGCCGAAGCCAGGACGGGGAACUCGUGCUAACAAGGCUGCCCAGGGAUCUGAUGCCAGUAAUGGCACUGGUGAUGACAAAAAAACCAAACCCAACUACAAUCGAAAGCUUGGUGGUAAGAUCUCUCAGUUAUCGACCAAAGCCACGGAGAUCCGUUGCUUACAGACCCAAGUUCAAUCUACUGCGGCUUUGUCUGAUGGGAUGAAGAGUGCCUAUGUGGCGGAUUUUGGUGGCUUCUUGAAAGACCUUGAUGACCUAAGGGAACGCAUGGAAUCUUGGUAUGCCUUGCGCCUUGAGGAUGAGCAAGUGACGGGUGACCACAUGACUCAGUAUGAACAGGUCAUGGGCGAAUGCGAUUCUCUCAUUGCCAAAAUCACGGCUUCGAUGCGGGUUGUCAAGAAUGCAAUUGCUCCUCCGAAGGCGAAGGCGAAGUCUGCUGCUGCCCCUAGACCUGCUCCUGAAGCUGGGGAGGAUGCCUUUUGUUCCACCCGAUGGGUUGGUGCCGCUCGUGUUGUGGUGGGAUGGCUCGCUGAUGUGAUGGUGAGGGUUCUGCAACAAGACCAGAGCUUAAACUCCUACUAUUCCUUGGCAAAGCAAGCCGUGGAUCUUGGAAUGCAGAUUGGAACAGAUUUGCGAUCCGAGUGGCAUCGCGAGCUCAUGUCAAUACUUUGGAGUUGGGGCUACUCCAUG